AUGAAAUUAUAAACAAGCAGUAGUUAAGAAUAUUUGAGUUCUAGACCAUUUGAGACUAAACAAUCAAAGAAUAUAUUCACUAUAAAUGAUUCUAGAUAUAAGCAUAUCAAAAACUUAGAAAAAAAGAACAAAUAGUUAACAAAUAAAUUAGUCGAUCUGCAAACUGAUUUGGCAUAAAUAGACGAAUUCAAAAUAGCUAUAUCUCUUGACAGGCCUCCAAUGAAAAAUUCAAGAGCUUUGUUUUUUAGCACCAACGAUGUUAAGAAGGGGAAGUUACAAAUAGAGCCUUAAGAAAUUAAUGAUGAUUUUCAUCAGAGGAGAAUCGAGAUUAUGAAGGCGCAACUAUUAAAAUAACAAAGGUAUAUAAAACGACUUACUACGAUUUUACAAACUACAAGGAAAUUCUAUGAAGAUCUUAGAGAAUACAUGUAAUAUUUUUCUUCGGUGUUGAGGUAAUCUGCUUAAGGUAAUGAUUACUAUAUAGUUGAGCAAAAGGAGACUAUAACAUCCUAGUAAGUCAUUCAGUCACCGACUAAUAAGGAAGUGGCAAACCAAAACGAAGAAUUAAAGCAACAAAAAAAUUAGAUCUAAAAGAAGGUUUAGUUUACUCUGGAUGACUCUUUUGAUAGAUAAUAGGCUCAAAGCAAAAUACAGAGAAUCACAAAGGAUAAGGAGUUUAUAGAGGUGGCAGAAAAGUAGCAAUAAUACAUUUCACUAAAAAAUUUGUUAUAAUAAUUCAAAAGUAAUGAAGACAGGGAAAACUUCAUAUCAACAUUCACAUUAGCUUAUCAAAAGAUCAUAGAUUUUGAGAGGGGCAAUCAAGAUUACAGAAAUCUAUUGGAAGUGCAAUAACAAGGUAAGAAUAGAAAGGUAUUUUACAAACAUCCGAUGAGAUCUCUUAUUCAAAGGUACGGUUAAUUUUUUCCUGUUAAGAGUAUUUACACUGCAUUUCCGAUGAAGGAUCGAGAGAGACUGGAUCAUUUUUUAAUAUCUCUCGAAGGCAUGAGUUCUCAGAUUUAGAGAGAUUUAUAAAAAGUGGAUGCAUUCUGGUUGUUUAAAUCGAACCCAUUCUUUUUUAAAUCAAAUGAUUAUCGAUAAUCUAUAGAACUACCUGUAUAAAUAUUGGAAGAGCCAUAAUUGUUUGAUGAAUUCUUGGCAGAGCCUGAGAAGCAUCGAGUUAUCAAUUUAGAUUAGACUAUGUUGUCAAAUUUAGAAAAGGAUCUCUUGCAAUUAAUGGAUAGUUUGAUGGAGAUGUAGAAGAAAUUUUAGAGUGAAUGCAAUGAUUUAUAAUUUUUACAAAAACCUUAGAUUACAAGGAUCUCUGAUUAGUUAAGGAAAUCUUUGGAAAGUUUGGUUUGUUUGUCCAGUAUGAUUGGCAAUAAUAAUUUACAGACGAUAAACAAAAUGUAUGUGAUUGGUUAGAAGGAUGCUUACUUAUAUUAACAUUAAAUUUUUAGUUAGAAUGAUUUCGAUUCAAAAUACCAGAUGCUGGAAUUGUUAUUAAGUGAUCUUUGUUCUCUGGUGUAGGUGAAUGAAAUGAUAAUUGUGAAGAAGGCCUUAAUGAUGUUAAAGAGUAUUAAGAACAUCUACGAAAUCUAAAAGAUGAUAACAACAAUUCGAGAAUCUGAGAUAACACUAUUGAAACAGAAACUAGAUUUGCUGUUGUAGGAUUAUUCUGGUGUGAAUGCCUUUAUAACAAGUGCAGAGCAGUAAGUAAAGGGAUUCUUCAACGCAAUAGGUAAUAAAUUCGCUUAGGUGAACAAUGUAUGCAAUGUGUUUUUGGAGAGUGAGAAGAUUGUGGAUUCAUAAUUUAGAAAGCAGUUUGGAUAGAAUCUAAAGAAAUAACUUAAAGAUAUUACGGAUUAUAUUGCAGGUCUUACUUCAAUAGAAAGGAAUGACAAUUGCAUCAACAUAAAAUAGUUACAACAGGAAUUCGAUAAGAAAGUGAGUACGUUUUAUGUGAAGAGUGAACAAUUGCAAAGAAUGAAUGAACAAAUAUCCAAGAGAUUGCAAUUAGCUUGA